UAUUCUAGUUGUGCUGUGGGAUUAAAAACAUUUCCAUUAGGCAUAAAUUCACAGUCAGGCUCUUUUGAGGCGUGCGUGUGCACGUCUGCACUCGGCUUCUAAUCAGCCGUGACUCCCGUCAGAGAGGGGCCGUGAAUGCCAAGCGCCGGCUUUGCAGCAUUCGUUGUAAUCCGAGGCCUCCACUGUGGGCAACGCGCUCCACAGACGAGCGGCACAAAGGAGGAGGAGAGGAAAACUGCCAGCGGUGACCCUCCUCCUCGCGAGGAGACGACGGCAUCGGGCCGUCGCCAUGGAAACCAUUGUACAUCAUAAAGGCACGUUCGGAAGGAACACAAAGUGAAUUUGUCUUAUUUGCACAAACAGUCAUUUCAUGUUUGUGUGAUUCUGAAUUAAAUUCUGACACGUGGCACCAAACUGUCACGCUCCCGAACUCCUCCGCCCUCACUCCCAGCGUUUCCAUUAUUGUGUCCACUGAGCUGAAUCAGCACAGUCACUUUAAAAUAGAUUGAAUUAUGCGCCGCUGCAGCGCGGCGCUCGCCCUCCGUCUGGUUAACCCAACAGGUGACGUCUCUGGCGUCCGGCUGCAGAUCGCUGCCUUCCUGCCCCGGCUCGGUGUCGUGCCUCCGCUCAUGCAGAUGUGCUCGUCGGUCCCGGACUCGCACGUGACCCCUGUCAUAAUGGAGGACUCGGUGUUUGUCACAGCGCCGUUGUCCCUUUUCUGUCCCUGACUCACUCAUUCCACCGGAAAUAACUCCUCAUACCAUCAGGCCCCCGAGAAAUGUUUUCCGUCUGCUUUCAUGUGCUUUCAUGUUCAUAAAAUAGUCAGGAUGUGGCUUGAGAUUAGACUUUUUUUUUUCUGCUGUUGUCGCAUGGCAGAUGGACCUCCGGGCGCUGAUGGGGGUUUGUGGAGCGGAGAGACAAAUGUCACUUGCGGGAGUUUUGAGCUUUUCUACCUGAUGACCAAGGUUAUUCUCUCCCCGUCCCCAGAGCGGCUGCAGCGGCUGGAUGCACACAAACGUCGGAUAUUUAACGGGCUAAACGCCGAGGAGCGCUCCACGCCGAUCCGAGGUUCGGAUCCCGAGCCGUGCAGUAGACAAUGAACUCGUUAACUCCUCGAUGGAGUCACCAGAGGCCUGAGUGCUUCACACGCGCAGUGCACCGUCUACAUGAAGGCGAAGUGUAAUCUGUUUGUAAACGAGGCGUUCAGGGACCCUGUAAUUGUCUCGGUUAUCCGUAUUUCACAAGGAGCCUGCCUUUCUUAAUUGGUCACUCCAGCCUUGUCUGCGGUUUAAACUCACUUGUCAGAGUGCUGGCUUCGUCUCCAGCCUGUUGUCUGGAGCCCUGUCACGGAACGACGUCCUGUUAUCACAUGUAAACACGUGUACGCAUGAAAAAUUCAUUGUGUGAUAUAAUUGGACAGAUAAAUAACAGCAGGGCCGUGUUUUAUGGUGUGUGCAUUGUGUAGCAUGACUCCCCAGCAGGGAGCCGCCAGCCCCGGCGUCUAAACGACCCCCCAGACAAAUGCACGCCUCAUGUAUACUUAAUGACAAGUUGUGCAUGGAUUAGCAGCUCGGGUCGGAGGAGCUGGCUGCACAGCGGCAUGUGGCCUCCCCCGAGUCGGCGCCGCUGCUGUCAAAGAGCCGCACAAGCACCGAUGGAGGGCCGCCAUGACGGGACGGGCCGAUGAUGCGGCCGUUGGGAGGAGAUGUGCGGCGGUUGCAUCACUCGUCUCCUGGCUUGGAUUCCAGCUGGAUGAGGGCCGCGCUGCUGCUGCUGCUGCUGCUCGCACUCAUCGGCAUCGAAAGAGUAGCUGGAGGGAAAAACAAAAAAGAGAGAAGCAAACCCUCUCAGUCUGGGUCAGAAUGCACCGACUGGCGCUAUGGAAACUGUGUCCCUAGCAACGGGGACUGUGGGCCAGGGUUUAGAGAGGGGUCAUGUGACCAGCAGACCAUGAAGAUGAAAUGCAAAGUGCCGUGCAAGUGGAGGCGUCAGCUGUUUAGAGGAGAUGAUGGCAUCCGCCACAGCGGUGCAGCUGACUGCAGGUAUCGAUUUGGUAGCUGGGGAGAGUGUGAUCAAAGCACUGGCGCGAGGACCCGGAUAGGGACACUGAGGAGAGCUCUCAACAACGCGGAGUGUCAGCAGACGGUGUCUUUAUCCAAACCCUGUUCUAAAUCAAGGCGGAAACCAGGAAAGAAGAGAAAAGGCAAAGGCAACUAGAAAGAGUGAGGAACGUCAGAGAGCCUUCAGCUUCUCAUCCAGUCAGACCAUCCUCUGUGGCCCCGGAACUCAUGUCUGUAGAUGCAUGAACCCAUUUAACAUUUCAACAAUGACAAACGUGGAACUUUCAUUUUAGGCUGUAAAUCUGUAGAUCGGGACUAAUAAAAACCUCGCAGCAGGUUCAGAGCCAGUGAUUUUCAAACAUGUCUUCAUUAGAUGUUCAGACCACCAGGUCUCAGUAAUUCCAGUCACCACAGGAGGUGACGCUUGCCACCAAAUUCCCCCAAUACUUAUCUGAUUAUGACUGCUCAUUCCUCCAUUUCCAAUUAUUUUUCCUAUUAAACUCUAUGAACAAACUCA